AUGAAAGAGCAGGACCGAACGAUGACGAAGAUCGCGGAGAAGCAUCAGCGACUGAAUCGCGAGUUGAUGCGGCAGGCGAGUCGAAAUCAUAAAGACAACUUCAUGUCGCGCAGGCCUACGCUUCCCUCGGUGUCUUGGAGCACUGGAGCCGCGGAGCAGGAAGAAAAGACGGCCGAGGUGAAGGUGGAGAAGAAGGAAGCCGUCGAGAAGCGGCCGGAAUCGACGCAGUCCGCGGAGUCGUUCCACGCGUUUCAGUUGGAUUUGGAGAAGCCGGAAGCAUCAAACGAAGCGAAAACGACGACAACGAAGCCGCGAAAACGAACGGGAAUGUCGCUGUCGGACUAUUUAGCGAUGAUGAAGGAAUGA